GGGAGUUUGGGGACUGGACGACUCAUCACUCGCUGUGAUCGGGCAGGAUAUAAACAUUCAACUGCGGCAGCAGCGCCGCGCAUCGCCCGCCCCCCCUUCCUGUCAUGCAGUAGACUUGUGGGAGCGACAUGUUGGCACUUAAUCGGAUGCCUUUCUUUAAAGAGUGGUAACAGUAAAUGGUUUAAGUCUACGCCACAACGGUGCCCGCCGUCUACUUAAUGUCAAAGAAUUGGGGCAGACAUCUCUUCUUGGCAAUUGCACGACAGGGAGAGCCUGCACCACACGACAAAGCUUCUGAAUAUACAUUAUCAGGUUGGGGGAUAUACCGGAUUAUUGAUACUCCGGGAAGAAGCUUAUAAACAGAAAGCAGGAAAAAACUAUUAAAAAAUGAAGAAGAAUGAUAACAUUGUUGAUUUAAGGUAGUCCAGUUUGCAUGAAUAGCGAGAAGACUAUGGUUGGGUGCAGAUCCCUGUGGCUGCAGGAUGUUAAGUGUUAAACGGCACUGGAGUUGCGUUGCUUCGUAUUCUCUGCUCGGAGCGCAGCCUGCGCUGGGAAAUUAGCGGCGUGCUGAGUCCUGCAGGUGCGCCCGUCAGUGCUCAUGGCUGAGAUUUUAAAUGUGAUCAGAUUACACGCGUUUUCUUUCGAGAUCUGACUAUUUAGAUGCGCCUAGUGGUGAAGGCAGGCUGAUGGUGUGAAAUGAGUGGAAGCGAAGUAUUGCAGGAGCGUCGGAGGAGAUCUAUCCUUGGAAGCAAGCGCCGAGGACUAAACGCAGAUCUCGGGGAGCGGAAGGCUUCCCCCGCGCGCCUGACAGUCUUGGAGCCCGCAGUGAUUUCAUCCAGCCACCGCAGCACUUUUACCUGUGGUCAGGAUCUCCAUCCAGCAACUCCAGGAAUCUCUUUAUUUCCAGACUCCUUCAAAACUGGAAUGUAACUUUUACUUUUGAAGACGAAAAACAAAACAAACCUGCAUAAAAAUAUUACAUAUUUUUUUCCAAGAAAAAAUUAUAUAUACAAAAACUGAUGGCUGUUUUUUAAGUGAUAAAGGGUUAACGCUUCUGCUAUAAGAGUCAGCGCUUAUAUUCGCACAAAUAUUCACGAAUAACGAAUCCAUUGGCAUUUUUCACGAGAGAAGGGAAGAUCGGAAACAGUAACUACUCUUCAUUAUUUUCCUAUAUCAUCAUCAGCGUCAGCUUUUCUCUUGAAUCAGUUUUUAUAUAUAUACAUAUUUUUUAAUGUAAUGGAACCGAACAUAUGACCAAAAGACUCUACGGAUUGAUUUUGAUUGAUCGUAUCACAGCCUCCGUAUCUAUUGAUGUACCGUUUAUUCUGUGUAUAAGCCGAUUUUUUUUUUAACCCGGAAGGGGCUCUUACCCCUUUCAGUAAACACUAAGGGAACUGGUGGAUCGUCUUUUGGGACUGAAGAGAAUGCAGGCUGGGGUGAGAACGUUUUGUGCCGGCAGUGGUGCGUCACUCUGCUGCCUGCUUUUACUGUGGGUGAUUUAUUCUCACCUCCUUAGAGAAGGUCAGCUGGCCGUGGGCACCUGUGAGAUCGUGAUGCUGAAUCGCGACAGCAGUCAGCCACGGCGCACCAUCGCUCGCCAGACGGCGCGCUGCGCCUGCCGGCGGGGCCAGAUAGCGGGGACCACCCGCGCCCGGCCGGCAUGCGUCGACGCCCGCAUCGUGAAGAGCCGGCAGUGGUGCGAUAUGGCUCCCUGCUCCGAGGGUGAGGUUUGCGGGCUCCUCUUCAACCGCUCCGGCUGGACCUGCACCAAGGGCGGGGGGCGUAUAAAGACCGUCACGCCUUUGCCCAAGGAGCCCUCUUAAAGCACGAAGAGCCAGGGGAGGUCUUAGGACCAUCGUCGACAGAGAGAGAUCACUCACCGGGAACAUGUCUUGUCUCCAUUCAUCUGUCCCAGCACUCUUCACCUCUGCCAGCUCCAGAAGAGCUCACAUCCAUUGCGGACUACUGUUCUGCCCUCCCCCCUCCCCCACCCCAGUCCGACCUACGGGCGUGCCUGCCCAAAAAGGAAGGGGAUUCACUGUAUGGUGAUGUGUUCUUGCUUCUUCACUAAUGACCCCUUCUACCUGCCCAGUCCAUGCGUGGAAUGUGGACAGACUGAAAGUGUCUCCCCUCUCCCACCAUGUAAAUAUAGAAGGAAGGAAGGACAUUAGAGGAACUCCCUCUUUCCCCUUUUUCAAAGUGUUGCCCCAGUCCCCCCGCCCUGCUCUGACUGCCCUCCAUUCUGGGAUACUUUUUUACAUGAUUCAGUUUAUGACGGUUGGAUGCGCCUCGCAACACGUCCCCUCACACAGGAGAACAGAGCCUCCCGGCUGGCGCGGUGGCCGGUGAGGACCGGCGAGGACCGGCGAGGACCGGUGAGGACCGGUGAGGACCGGGCGGACGCUUCCCCCGACCAGUAGGCAGCCAGAAGAAUGCUGAGCUGUGUGGCCUGCCGGCAUCCGGAUUCUCCUGCGGUGGAGACGGGCCGCUGAGACAGACGCAGACAGACAGCAGCCGGCAGGAUCCCAGCAGAUGGACUCCCUCCCCCCCCCUCCCAGCUCUGUCUGUCCUGCUUUUCUGGGGCCACUUCAGCUUCAUCUUCCCCCUCCCAGUUUCACCCAGUUUCUGUUUCAUUU